GUUUCGCAGCGCGUUCGUAGCGCGUUUAUUUUGGUGGAACAAUCGCACAUGUGCGUUGGAAGCUGUGCGCGCAACAGGGGCAACUGCAUUGAACUGUGUGUUAGGAGUGUCCGUGCACUGUUGUCGCAGCGCUAAGCAUUGAACUCGCCCGCUUCUCGAAAACCCUUUGUUCUCAUCGUGAAAACAAGCCGCACCGUUGCAUAUUGAGAUGUCUACCAUCGCAUCGAAAUGGCUUUGCCCCGACCUCCAAGGUUGUCGAGUGCUGCUUCGACUGGACGAAGGUAAUAUCGAGGGCGUCGUUGCUGAUGUCUCUCAGAAGACGGCUCGAAUCACACUAGAGCAGAUAACCGAAGUUGCUUCAACUCGGCCGCUGUUUGGACCGCUUCACUUCUACGCGCAGGAUAUUAUAUCGUGUGUGGUGCUGGAGAAUUCGACGCGCAAGAAAUACAUUCUGGAACGAGAUGAAGAGGGACCACGCUUGUUGAGAGUGCGCCCUGUACCUGCUCACCUGGAAAAACUGAAUUCAGCCCAAAACAACAGCGAAUUCAUUUGCCACCGUGAAGAGGCCGACUCCUCGGAGGUCAUCAAGAAGGGCCUCAUAAAGCUCAUUGGUAUGCCAGAAGACCUACCAAAGCUACGCCGACCAAUUGCCACUGAUUUUGAAGUCAUUGACGAAGUGAAUGAUCAGCUCAGCGAGGCGAUUGCAGCAAUAAAGAAGGUACAGACUAUUUCUGUCGCAUUUGAAGGCAUGAAAGUUGGACGUCAUGGCUCGCUUUCUGUUCUGGCGGUUGCAACCUCAUCAAAGGUGUACAUAUUUGAUGUUCAGUCAUUGAAGAAGACGCUGUUUGACCAUGGGAUGAAGGAUAUCUUGGAGUCUUAUGACAUUGAAAAGAUUAUGCAUGGUUGCCGGCAUCUGUCAGACUGCCUUCACCACCAGUACCAAGUUGGCCUCAACAAUGUGUUCGACACAAUGGUGGCCGACGUGGUCAUUUACCUUGACAAGAAGCUAGAGGCUGGUGAUUGCCAUUUGCCAUCAUAUGUGCGUGGCAUCCAGAACUGCCUCAGGAGUUUCCUCAACCUGACAUACGAGCAGAUGAAGUACACACGCUCAAGGCAGGGUAGUCAAGAGGAUGAAGUGUGUGCCUGGGGGCAGCGGCCGCUCUCCCUACGUCAGAUCGAUGCACUGGCGAAGGACGUGGUGUACCUCGGAGAGCUCGCCCAUGCUUGCCUCAAGCAGAUGCUGCAAAAAUUCCACCUGGGAGUGGAAUUUUUUCUUGGCCUAGAUCGAGACUGCAAUGAAGAGGAACUGCGAUGCUUGCCACUGGAUCACAUUUUGCCCAUGGGCUUCAAAGAUGCUCUCAAGAUUGGUGCCAAUCGCUCGGCACCAUACAGGCACUACAGCAGCUAUGACAAGGACUGCUCCCAAGAAUAUGGACCUAAUGGCAGGAGAGAGAACAACAGGUUUCACCACCAGCGUGACAACCUGAGGCAUGGCCGUAGAUUUUCUUUAAUGAACAAUGGCCGGGUACAUCACUGGAGGGAGCCGAGAGACGCAUACCGCCGAGAAGAAUGCAAUCGGAAACAAGAUGACCGUAUUAAUGUCAAGGAGGACGAUUAUGCGGAGGACUCUUUGCUCUACAUAGGGAUGCACCUACAGGCCAAAGACACGUCUAGGGAGCUGGCUGUUCCCGACCCUGACGCAUCCUGCAAGAACAGUGAGAGUGAAUGCAGGGAGCAGCAUGCUAGUGCUGAGCCUGCUAAACCUGUGCAGCAAGAGAUGCCUGCCACCUCGGGUCCCCAAGAUCAUUGCCUCGUAGUCGAUGGAGCAAAGGAAGACACAAAGGCAGAUCAGGUUGCUAUGGACAAGCCCCGUCCAAACAGCAGUCUCUCCCAAAGCCUUGAGCAUGCACACGGUGACAAGUGUGCCGCGCCUCAGUGUACUACUGCAGGUAACGCUGUAGAUGUUUCUCAAGAGACUUUACUGCAUCACUGUAAUAGCAACGGGCCUCUCAAUAGCAAUCCUUCCCCCAACCUGGAGCAUGACAUCAAUUUUUUUGCAGGUGAGCGACCUAGUGGAGGUGAUAUGCUCGGAGCUUCACAGGGGACAUUAAUGGAGCAUUGCAAUGGCAGUGCACACAUAACUGAGGACUUGCAAAAUAAGCCAUUGACCCGGAACAGCAGCCAGUCUUUAUCACCUCCGCGUCCGAUACACCAUCCCAGUGUGCUUGUUGAAAGCAAGGCAGUUAUGGGACAGGACCACAAUGCCAGCACCAUCAUGACAGCUGCCAACGUUAAAAAUGGAAUUCCAAGCGGCCCAAGUGCAUGGGGAAGCCGGCCGAUCAAUGACAAGGCAGAAAACACCUCUUUUCGACCGGCAGACAUGCAAGUCUUGAAGGAUUUGGCUUAAACUGAGACCAUCAUCUCAAUUCAUCGUCGCGUAAUGCAUCCUUCUCUUCGCCAUCACCUCCUGUCGACAGUGAUCUUCAACAUGCAUCACACAUACUAGUCCAGAAUGAAUUUGUUAUCAACCAGUUUGAUUUGCUACAUUUGACAGCUCCAGUUGCGAUGAGCCUCAUUUUUAGUCCCUUUUUUUUUUCAUGAUAAUUUUUAUGGCACUGUGUUUAUAGCAUUAUAUUAUUCCUUUACUGUUCAAAGCUCAACGAGAAAGCUUCUCCACAGUGUGUAAUGCAAUAUGCCAUCUUGAUUAACUUCAGAGCGAGUAAUCACAACAUUAUCAUCUGUUUGCCAUUAUGGUCCAUGGUGAAGGUUACGAGCAGUAUUUUGGUGUCUUGUACUACUACCACUAAUACCUUAACUGGUGCACAAAGACAUGAAACAUGAACGGAUGGGACUGAGAGAAGUUGUGCCAGUUGAUGUCUUUCACGUUAUCAUUCUUUGCAUAGGAGCAUAUUUUUCAAUUUCGAACCAAAGAGCCCAUGACAGAAUUCCUUGGUACAGUCAGACUUCAACAUAAGAAAUCAUUGGAUAAAACAAAGCACAAACUAAAAAAAAAAUUGUCUCACCAAUGUUAGUGUAUAACAAAUAUUUUUCAUGUUGAAUAUGAUCUCGUUAUAAAGAGGUUCAACUGAAUUUCCUACAUACAUGGCGUUUUAUUGACAUCAAGAAGUAAAUAAUUCGACAGAGUGCAUGAGGAAUUCAGGAUGCCAAAUUCUAGCUUUAUUUCUCAGGAUUGUAUUUUUUUUUUCUUAUGUACACUAAAGAAGGCCGGCUGCAAUAUAAUGGAACUCCUAUUUGCAUUUGUAAAUAAGCUAGUAGUGCCCCUGGCUCACUUGUGAAGAUUGCACCUAUGUCACAAUUUAAAAAUUAACGAACAAAAACAAGGUCUUGCACCACUGAGUGUACUAAGUAGUUAAUACAGUCCAGCAACACGAUCAACACUGAGUUUUGUGCAGUUUGGAGGGGAGCAGUAAAAAGUCUCUCCUCUAAAACUGCUUAUCUGAAUUAUAUACAAAUCUUUUCUACUACACAUGACUUUGCUGUCAGCUUUGCCAAGUGCCUCAUCCAAGGAAGCAACUCCACAUAGCCCAUUGAUGCGUGUUGCGUGAUCCUGCAGGAGCGCAACUAAAAGUGAUCAAGUGCUGCGAACCAGUAGAUACUUUCAAAAGACUCUUGUGUGUGCUGUAAAAUGUGCCUAAAUAAACGUCAUUGUACUUGUUGAAC